AUGUUUGUUUUAUUCAAUUAUAAACAAGUUUUAAAUAAACCAUUUGUUAUUAUUGGAACACAAAUUCAUUUACCAAGAGGUUUUGAUGAAGAGGAUCUUUCAGAGGAAUUCGGUGUAACGUACAGUACAUCAACAAAAAUUAUCUAUGGUCAUUUAACUAAUUUAAAAUUGUAUUUGUUAAAUAUGAAAGAUAUGGCUAGUUUUGGCGGUGCAUUUCGAUUUAUUGCGACAUAUCUUAGAGAGACAUAA